CCAAUCUCUCGUAUAGCUGAUCGUGACUCGAAAUCAUUUUGAAUUUUUAUUUUUUUGUAUCAUUGUAAUUGAAACCCAAAGUAACCGAAAGACGGCAGCACAUAUGAUUUUUAAAAAUCACAAAAGUUUGUACAUUUCGUUCGUGCAUGCUGACAUUGCUGACAUAACCUGCAGACGACAUUUAAUUUAAUUAGUAUUUAGUUAACAAAGCUUCAAAACAAGAACUAAUAUCUCUGAGCCGGGGUCAAAUAUUAAUUCUAUCUAUAAAAAUGGCCAGUAGAGAAAUGAACAAAUUGAAGCUGUCCAAAAGUAUUUUGGAAAUGAAGUUCAUGAAAAGAACAAAGGAAAAGGUAGAAAAACAACUCUAUCAAGAGGAAGGAGAAGAAUAUUUUGGUAGCGCCUUAACGACUCGUAUGAAAAAUGCAUCUGGCAGAUUCAUUAUAGAACCGAGUUACAUGUUUUGUGAACAAUUGCGAGACGGUCGGGUGAGUUACCAGGGAAUGAAUCUGGAGAUAGAAAAACUAAUGGACUUGGAAGAAAGUGCAAAGUUGGCAAAAACACAGCCAAAACGAGAAGCUGAGAUUUCAGAUGAACAAAUGGCUAAACGUUGGAAACCUUCAGAAAUAACGUCAAUGGAAAAUAAAUUUAAAACUAAGCGACAAAGGCGACAUGAUAGGCAGCGAGUAAACAAGAAAUGUAAAUUUCUGAAACCAAAGGAUUGACUAGAUUUAGUUUCUAGUAUUUUUUAAAUUAUCGUUAAGAUAUCUGUACUAUUAUAAGAAUUGUUAGAGACGAUAAAACUUUGGAGUUUUACAAACGAGGGUGUAAUGUAUUCAAACUUGCAUAAGAAUAGGAAAAUAAAUUCAAUUUUCUAUUUCCAA